CAAGGUUGGCUUGGAAGAUUUUCUAGUGGGUCUUUUAGACAUGCAAAUAAAAUGUUGCUGAAAGCUGUGUUACUCUUGGUGGCGCUGCCUUACAUGGUGAGUCCUUAUCCUUUAUGACUGCAGCAGGUGAGACAUGGCCUGAACUGGAGGAACUGUUGCCAAAUUACAAGGAUAAAGCUCCAACAAACCCCACUCCUAAUACUCCAUGUCCACCACUGAAGUUACCACAGUUUCAGCAAAUCCUCUCCUCAGACGUCCAUAAACUCGUUUUUAAACCUGCAAGAAACCACAGACCCGUAACUGAUUUGAUGAAGUCGAUUUUGCUGCCAAAACUUCUUCCUGCAACAGAAGCACCUCUGCCUUCAGAAUCCAACAAUAUUGAGCUUUUGUGUCACGUUGACCGGAUUUAUGUGAGGGUUGUGAAGAGUCUCUUUACCAAUCCAGAUGCAGGGAAAUAUCUCAAAGUGGGAACAUGUUCUGUGAAUAAAGCCACACCUGAGCAUUAUUACUUCCUGUACCCUAUUAACAACUGCAACGCACAGCGUCAAGAAAAUGAAAACGAGGUCUUGUAUUCAAACACACUGCUUUAUGAGCCUGUGACUGAUGAACCGGUUGUUCGUGAGCUUCCAUUUUCUGUGCCUCUGGAGUGUCGUUACAACAAGCAUUUCCGUGCCUACAGUGUUGGCUAUCGUCCUCAGAUUGAGGCAGGCACUGUUUUCUUGAGUUUACAAAGUGGAGUUUCUCUCACUCCUGUAGAUGAAAAUUGGGAACCUCUUGGUACAUUGCAGUCUUAUACGAUAGGCCAGCCAAUGUACUUUGAAGCCAGAGCUCCUCAUAGUAAUGAUGGAAAGAGGCUCUACUUGAGCAAGUGUUACAUCACGGCGUCUCAGAACCCUGACACUACUUCUUCCAAAUACAUUGUGGUAGACAACUUUGGAUGCAUGGUGGAUGGUAAGAACACUCCUCAAAGCAUGUUCUACCCUAGCGAUGAUAAGGCCACACUUAGGUUCUCUGUGGGAGCCCUUGUGUUUAAGGACAUGGUCUCCCAGCCUGAAAACAAGACUGAAAUGUUCAUUCAUUGUGAAAUGCAGCUUGGACCAGAAAUACCAAAUGCAAGCACAAAAUCGUGUUCCUACAAACCAGAAAUGCAAGGAUGGUUGGAGCUGAACGGUGAAGACUCGGUCUGUGCUUGCUGUGAUUCUUCCUGCCCUGCUCCAGAUCAAUCAACAGUAUGAAGGUCUCCAGCAACUCUUGGAAUGUUGAGAAGAGCCAGACUGACCAACUUCCACCGAAAUCCUUUAAACUAGGUGAAGAGCCCCUGCAUCGUGGAGGGUUUGAGAUGUUUUGGGACACCUUUGAUGAGGAAAUGCUUUAUUAAUGCAUGAUGCAUUUUUGCUUUUUAAUUACAUGUUGCAUAAUAAAGCCUUGUUGGUCAAAAGUG